AUGGCAACCAUACUUGAAUCUUUUGUUGGAUCAUGUGCCAAGAAGUUGCAAGAUAUUGUUACAGAGGAGGCCAUACUAAUUUUAGGUGUUAAAGAAGAGCUCAUAGAGCUGCAGAGAAGAAUGGAGCAAAUACGGUACUUUCUUAAUGAUGCAGAGAAAAGGAGCAUUAAAGAAUCUGCUGUUAACAAUUGGCUUGGUCAGCUAAGAGAUGCUAUGUAUGAUGCUGAUGAUAUCAUUGACUUGGCCAAAUCCAAAGGAAGCAAGCUAUUGCCACACCAUUCUUCAUUAGUAUCAAGCAGUUCAAAUACAUGCAGUGGCCUUUCUCUUUCCUCUUGCUUUUUUAAUAUCCAGACACGUCAUGAGAUUGCAGUUAAGAUUAAAAACUUAAACAAAAGAAUUGAUAAUAUUUCAAAGGAUAAAGUAUUUACUUCACUCAAGAGUACACAAUCAACUAUAACAGUUUCUGUACCAAAACAGAGAAGAAGUUCCAGCCUCGUUGAGCCAAACCUUGUUGGUAAGGAGGUCUUACGUGCUUGCAGAAAAUUAGUAGAUUUGGUGCUUGCACAUAAGGAAAAAAGGUCUUAUAAGCUUGCUAUCGUUGGAACAGGAGGAGUUGGUAAGACAACACUAGCACAAAAAAUAUACAAUGACCAAAAACUAAAAUUGAGCUUCAACAAACAAGCAUGGGUUUGUGUUUCCCAAGAUUUCUCUGAAAUAGCUAUUUUAAAGGAGAUUCUACGAAAAAUUGAAGUACAGUACAUGCCAGAUGAAUUAACCGAUGAGCUCCAAAGCAAGCUAGAACUGUCCAUUAAGGAUAAGAGUUUUUUUCUUGUGCUGGAUGACGUGUGGCAGUCAGGCAUAUGGACAAAUCUACUGAGAAUCCCACUACAUGUUGCAUCCUCAGUAGUAGUUUUAUUGACAACUCGAUUUGACACUGUUGCUGUAGAAACAGGAAUGGACUAUACACAUCGAGUUGAUUUAAUGUCACUGGAUAUAGGAUGGGAGUUACUAUGGAAGAGUAUGGGCAUCAAAGAAGAAAAAGAGGUACAAAAUCUACAUGACUUAGGGAUCGAUAUUGUUCGUAGAUGUGGUGGUCUUCCCCUUGCAAUUAAAGUCAUUGCUAGAGUUUUGGCAACCAAAGAUCAAACUGAGAAUGAGUGGAAGAAGAUUUUGGUAAAAGAUGCUUGGUCCAUGAGUAGUCUUCCUAGUGAAAUAACAAGUCCUAUAUAUCUAAGUUACGAAGAGCUGCCACACCAUUUGAAGCAAUGUUUUAUCUAUUGUGCUAUUUUCCCUGAAGAUUCGGUAAUCUACCGUGAUGCUAUUGUAAGUUUGUGGGUCGCUGAAGGCUUUAUAGAUGAGCAAGAUGACCGAGUCCUUGAAGAUAUAGCAGAAGAAUACUACUAUGAGCUGAUCUAUCGAAAUCUCCUCCAACCAGAUUAUUACUAUUCUGUUGAUCUUACUCAAUGUAGAAUGCAUGAUCUACUAAGGCAGCUUGCUUGUCAUUUAUCCAGAGAAGAACUUUUUGUUGGUGAUCCAGAUUCAGCAGGGGUUAGUACUGUUAUGAGUAAAUUCCGCCGUAUUUCAGCAGUUACUAUGAAUGAUAUGGUUGUGUUACCUAGAACAGAUAAGGGGAAAUGUAAAGUGAGAACUUGGAGAACAUCUUAUACAAAGUCUUUGAGAGUUGAUGAUACAAUAUUUGAAAGAUUACCAUGCAUUCGAGUUUUGGAUUUGACAGGUUCACAGAUACAAGCUGUUCCACCUUGCAUUGGACGUUUGAUCCACCUACGGUUACUAGACCUUGAUGGGACUGACAUAUCUUCUCUUCCAGAGUCCAUCUGUUGUCUCAUAAACCUUCAGAUAUUGAAUUUGCAGAGGUGUGAUUCUUUGCAUAGUCUUCCCUCAGGAAUAACUCAGCUAUGCAACUUAAGGCGACUUGGCCUAGAGGACACACCAAUAAAUGAGGUUCCAGAAGGUAUUGGCAGAUUAAUUUCUCUCAAUGAUUUACAAGGCUUUCCUGUUGGUGACGGCUCUUAUAACAAUUCUGUAAUGCAAGAUGGAUGGAAUAUAGAAGAAUUGGAUCCCCUUUGGCAGUUGAGGAGGCUUGAUAUGAUCAAACUGGAAAGAGCAGUUCCUCCUAGUAAAGAUUCACUGCUAGCAAACAAAAAACAUCUCAGAGAAUUAUUCCUACUUUGCACUGAACACAUAGGUGAGCCAUAUUCUGAAAAAGCUGUAAUCAAUAUUGAGGAAACCUUCGAUUUGCUAAUCCCUGCACACAACCUGGAGAAUCUCUGUCUUCUGAAUUUCUUUGGUCGGAGGUUUCCCGUCUGGCUAGGUAGUGCUGCCCAUUUGCCUUCACUGACAUACUUGAACCUCAUAGAUUGCAAAUCAUGUGUUCAUCUUCCACCAAUCGGUCAGCUCCCCAACUUGAAAUAUAUGAAAAUCGAAGGAACCACUGCAGUCACCAUGAUUGGACCCGAAUUUGUUGGCUAUGGGAUGGGUAAUCUCAGAUCUACAGAGGCAGUAGCUUUCCCAAAGCUUGAAACAUUGGUCAUCAGGGAUAUGCCCAACUGGGAGGAGUGGUCCUUUGUUGCUGAAGAAGAACAAGAAGCAACAACAACAGGUAAGGAAGGGGGAGACGGUGAGGCUGCUGCAAAUCAAAAGUGGGAUGCCCCACCUCCAAGGAUACAGCUGCUGCCACGAUUGAAGAAGUUGGACCUGGUCCGCUGCCCCAAGCUGAGAGCUCUCCCACGGCAGCUUGGACAGGAGGCCACCAGUUUGAAGGAUCUCCAUUUAAGACAUGUGCACAACCUUAAGGUGGUGGAGAACCUCCGUUUCCUCUCAGAGGUCCUUGUAAUCUCAGAUUGUGAAGGCCUAGAGAGGGUCUCGAAUCUUCCCCAAGUGAGAGAGCUGCGUGUAGAGCUGUGUCCCAACUUGAGGUGUGUUGACAGGAUGGACAACUUGCACCAGCUGUUGCAGACAGAGGAUAUGGAAGAUGCUUCCUCACAGUGGCUGCCUGGGCUCCAAGAGCAGCACCAACAGCUGCACGGAGAAGACAUGGAUGUCUACACUUGGAUAUAG